AUGGUCGAAUUUGAUUCAGAUUUCAAAGGUGACACAGGUACGAAACUUGUGAAGCAUGUUAUAAGUUUUCAUCCAGUUAACAAUAAAUUUUUUUUUGCUACACAACUAGUAGGGGUGCCCAAAACCAUGCUCGCAUCAGCAAUUGGCAUUGGAUAUCAUCACUAUCGUAUUCUUGGUAUGGAAAGACAGUCUAGUUUUGUUCCGGCUUCUCUAACAAGUUAUGGAGGUCGCAUGAACUUUAUUGGUAGGCUGUCCAAUGUGCUCAUCAAUGGGUUAAGCUGGAUAUUUGCCAAUAUCUGUGAACAUUUUGAACAAGCUCUGUUUGAGAGUAGAUUUCCUGAUUUUCCAGAUUUGCACGAACUCAUUCAGAAAAAGACGGAUUAUUUUCUAAUGAACACCAAUGAGUUCACGGAGUCUACCAGGCCAACUUUGCGCUCGAUUCAUUACCUUGGAGGCUCUGCCAUCCCAGCUCCAGUCCCGUUGAGUGAUGAAUUUGAACGAAUUAUUUCAAAAGGCACUAAAGGAGCAAUUCUUUUCUCUCUGGGUUCAUUGGUGAAGUCAAGCCAUAUGCCAUUCGAUAUUCGUCAAGCCGAUGGACGAGUGAAACUGUUCAUAACACAUGGUGGGAUGAAUUCGAUCCAUGAAGCGUUACUGUUUGGCGUCCCAAUGAUCACUUUGCCUCUGUUUGCUGACCAGGAUUCAAAUGCCGCAGUGGCUGCUGAACGUGGAUUUUCAAUCAAUCUCAACAAAUUAGCGCUUUCUAAAGAGAUAAUAAUUGAUGCAAUCAAUACGGCACUUGGACAAGAUGGAGAGGAAAGUGUGUAUACACUGCGAGUUCGACAAGCAGCACGAUUACUAAAGGGAAGUCCGGAGGAAAUGCGUCAAACGAUUAGAAGGCUAGCGCAAGUGUCAGCCACCGAACCAGCACUAAAUCAUCUGAAACUCGACAUCCGUCAUCUGAAUAGUCUUCAGUAUUACAACAUUGAUACAAAUAACCCGACGCUUGUUAGUUUCAAAGAAGAAAAAUGA